CUCAGCAACAACGAUAAUCAGUGCCAAAAGUCACACGCUAUCUAACGCGUGCUCUCGUUAUAAAGCGGUUGCAUCCAUAUAUUUCGGUUAAACGUAUCGGUCAGUCAAUCUCUCGUAAUGUCGCGAUUUUUCAUGCUUUUCUUCGCACAAGUCGUUCUAUUUCUUUCGGCGAGGGCCUCGUCGGAAGUGAAAGAGCCGACCUGCCGAAACACCGAUGGCUACAUCGUCUGCCACUAUAAGGGGGUGCUCGUCGAAGUUACGCAACGCCGUUUUGAAGACCGAUUGGAUAUCAGCGAUCUGGAUCUCCUAGCGAUUCAACAGGAUGCCUUUAAGAACGUAACGGCGACGCACUUAUACUUGAAUCAAGGCAACCGGAUAUCCGUGCUGAAGAGAGGAUCCUUCCGCGGUUUGCCCAACUUAGAGCGUCUUCACUUGGAUGACAAUGUGGUACCGUUGUCGGAGCACUUGUUCGCGGAAUUGGAACACCUGCAAUCGCUAUCGUUGGUCUUCAACAAGAUCGAUUCAAUACCGAAGGACUCGUUCGCCGGUCUGUCAAGUCUGAUGUGGCUCUACCUGGGUCACAACGACAUUGAAGCGAUCGAGGUGGAAUCCUUCUCGAAUUUGAAUCCCGAACUGCUCUAUCUGUGGCUCAACAACAAUAAAAUUACCCGUGUCGCGCCGAAUUCCUUCGCCGGGUUAACCGAAUUGAAUCGCCUCCACUUGGACCACAAUCGGCUGGUGGACUUGCCAAACGAUGCCUUUCGAGGAUUGAACAAGCUGGAGGAUCUCUACUUAAAUGACAAUCGGAUAACGAGCAUCUCCAGGACGCUACUCCGUGACUUGGUCGGUCUGAGGAGACUUUAUCUUCAGCAGAACGAGAUCAGCGCUCUCGAGCCGGAAACGUUCCGGGAGCUGUCUCAGCUGGAACUAUUGCGACUAGACGGAAACAAACUGUCUCACAUUGUAGUCGGUACUUUUACCGGACUCUCCAAUCUGGAAGAGAUCAAACUGUCCGACAAUAACAUCCAGACGGUGGAUAAUGGCGCUUUCGCUGAUUUCGUCAAAUUACGAUAUCUCGAUUUCGGUGGCAACAAUUUGACCGAAAUCGACAGGAAGGUCAGCGACCUCACACAUCUUACUGUCAUACGUGGGAUCUAAAUGUUGUAGGGAUCUAUUAUUUGCUUGUAUCUCAGCGUAGAAUUCUUUCGCAAUGUAAAAAAAGAAAUAAAUGAAUCCUUGAUCGCAAUCUUGUUAUCGGGGUACAGCGGGGUAAUUUGAACAGUGGGAAAAUUUGGAUAAUAGUAUAAGUAUUUGCAAGAAUUUCAGAAAAAUAAAAGAUUUUUGGAUA